CGUUGGUUCCCUCUAUAGUUUUCCCGCCCCGGAGCGCACCCAUUAGAGGCCGACCUUAACAGAGAAGUUGAAUUCCAAACUCAGAGAGAGAGAGAGACGUUAGGGUUCGAAGUUUCCAGUGAGAAGAGAGCUUCCGCAGCAGUUCAGUGAUCUACGAUGGAACCAAAUGGCGGAUUCUUGGUGGAUGAGAAAGCCGUUAGCGUUGAGAACGCUUUCUUAGAUUUUCUCAAAAGCUUCAGAUCUGGCCAGCGGAACGAACUCUAUUACGAAGGGGAGAUUGAAGUGAUGAAAGCUAACGAAUCCAACACGAUGUUCAUCGAUUUCGAUCAUGUCAACAGAUUCAGCGACCUUCUACAGCUGGCUAUUUCGGAUGAAUAUUUGAGGUUUGAACCUUACUUAAAGAAUGCCUGUAAGAGAUUUGUUAUGGAGCUCAAGCCAACCUUCAUAUCUGAUGAUAACCCUAACAAGGACAUCAACAUUGCCUUCUACAACAUUCCAGUUAUUAAGAGGUUAAGAGAAUUGGCUACAUCAGAAAUUGGAAGACUUGUAUCAGUGACAGGAGUGGUGACAAGGACAAGUGAGGUUCGACCUGAACUUCUCCAAGGGACUUUCAAGUGCCUGGAAUGUGGCGGGGUUAUAAAGAAUGUUGAACAACAAUUCAAGUAUACUGAGCCAACAAUUUGCACCAAUGCCACCUGUAGCAAUCGAACAAGGUGGGUACUGCUGCGCCAAGACAGUAAAUUUGCGGAUUGGCAAAGAGUCAGAAUGCAAGAGACAUCAAAAGAGAUACCUGCUGGCUCUCUUCCUAGAUCAUUGGAUGUUAUUCUUCGUCACGAGAUUGUUGAACAAGCCAGGGCUGGUGACACGGUGAUUUUCACAGGUACUUUAGUUGUUAUACCUGACAUACUGGCAUUGGCCUCUCCUGGGGAGAGAUCAGAGUGCCGCAGGGAAGCUUCUCAGCGCAAGGGUGCUUCAGCUGGAAAUGAAGGCGUGAGUGGCCUUAAGGCUCUGGGAGUCAGAGACCUCUCCUAUCGUCUGGCUUUUAUUGCCAACUCUGUUCAGAUUUGUGAUGGUAGAAGAGAAACAGACAUCAGGAAUAGAAAAAAGGAUUCUGAUGAAGACGAUCAACAGUUUAAUGCACAAGAACUGGAUGAGAUUCAACGAAUGAGGAAUACUCCAGAUUUCUUCACCAAACUAGUUGAAAGCGUUGCUCCAACUGUUUUUGGUCAUGCAGAUAUAAAGCGUGCAAUCCUUCUUAUGCUUAUGGGUGGUGUCCACAAAUUUACUCAUGAAGGCAUCAGCCUCAGAGGAGACAUAAACAUUUGUAUUGUUGGAGAUCCCAGCUGUGCAAAGUCUCAAUUUCUUAAGUAUACAUCAGGCCUAGUUGCAAGAUCCGUGUAUACAUCUGGGAAAUCAUCAUCGGCUGCUGGCUUGACUGCAACUGUUGCUAAGGAACCAGAAACUGGGGAGUUUUGUAUUGAGGCUGGUGCUUUGAUGCUUGCGGACAAUGGCAUUUGCUGCAUUGAUGAAUUUGACAAGAUGGACAUCAGAGAUCAGGUUGCAAUUCAUGAGGCCAUGGAACAGCAGACUAUUAGUAUCACAAAAGCAGGAAUACAAGCAACACUUAAUGCUCGUACUUCUAUUCUUGCCGCUGCCAACCCAGCUGGAGGACGCUAUGACAAGUCUAAACCACUUAAGUACAAUGUGGCUCUUCCACCAGCUAUACUUUCAAGGUUUGAUCUCGUGUAUGUUAUGAUUGAUGACCCAGAUGAUCAGACAGACUACCACAUAGCUCAUCACAUUGUGAGAGUUCAUCAAAAGCGUGAAGGUGCUCUUGCACCAGCAUUCACUACAGCAGAACUAAAGCGUUAUAUAUCGUAUGCAAAAACUCUUAAACCAAAGCUCACGUCAGAUGCCAGAAAAAUACUGGUAGAUUCUUAUGUUGCUCUCCGUAGAGGUGAUACAAAUCCUGGGAGUAGGGUUGCAUAUAGAAUGACAGUUAGGCAGUUGGAGGCAUUAAUCAGGCUGUCAGAGGCCAUUGCACGGACUCAUUUGGAAAAUCAGGUACAACCUCAUCAUGUUCGUCUAGCCGUAAAACUGCUAAAAACUUCCGUAAUAAGUGUGGAGUCCAGUGAGAUUGAUCUGUCUGAGUUUCAAGAAAAUCGGGAAGACGGCCCAGGUAGUGGUGAUGGUGACGGAAAUGAUAAUAAUAGAGAUGCUAAUGAUCAAGCGGGAAAUUCUACAGCUCAGCAAGCUGCUGGAGCUGAUGGAAAUCCAGCAGAUGGAUCUAACCCGCAAGGGAUGAAUGAAGCUGCUGGAAAUGAUGGAAAUCCAGCAGAUGGAACUAAACAACCGAAAAAACUCGUUAUAAGUGAUGAAUAUUUUCAGAGGGUUACCAGGGCCCUUGUCAUGUGCCUUAGACAGCAGGAAGAGGCUGCUAUGCGAGAAGGAACUGGUCUGGUUGGGAUGAGGCAACGAGAUUUGAUCCAAUGGUACGUGAAUCAGCAAAAUGAGACAAACAACUACAGUUCGAUGGAGGAGGCAGCAGCUGAAGUUUCCAAAAUUAAAGCCAUUAUAGAGAGCUUAAUUCGAAGAGAGGGCCAUUUGGUAGUGGUAGAUGAUGGUGGUCAAGAACACUCUAGAAAUAACCGAAUUUUAGCUGUGGCUCCUAAUUAUGUCAUUGAUUGACAUUCUAAUGGGAAAAGAAAUUGGAAAUCACUUCAUCUCAUCUACAAUUAUUGCAGUGAUCUGAAGGUUGACCUAGACCUAGUCUUGAGCAGCAAAUUGGUUCUUAUCUGAUGACUGUUUAUAAUGCAUUUGUAUUUAUAAUUUUAAUAUUUAUCAUCAAAAAAUAGGGCACCAUCAGUUUAUUUCUUCACAAAUUAUAUAUGUUAUAUUUACACUGAUGUAGAUUGAAGAGUUUCAUUAACUACUUUCUCCUUUCUA